AUGAGUUCAAAGGCCAACGAGCCAGAUGAGGCAGAGCUGGCCUUGCUCAACGACGACUCCCUCUCAACAACUUCCGAUGAUCUCGAAUCGAAUCGCAAACAUGAAGCUACCCCAGAUACCAUCGACCCCGAGUAUCAGACGCCCACGUCCGUGAAGUUCAUGUGGCUCGGUUCCUACUUUCUAUUCAGCAUGUUAUUGACGUUGUACAACAAGCUCCUUCUAGGAUCUGUGAGCAUGGCCCUGAACAUGAUGGGUCUCAAGUACUGA